GGCUCCUCCUCCUCGCGCUCCUCAGUCGGCCCCGCGGCGCGCUCCGCUCCUCGCAGCUCUCUGGACCCGCAGCCAUGGCCGACAUCAAGACGGGUAUCUUCGCCAAGAACGUCCAGAAGCGACUCAACCGCGCGCAGGAAAAGGUCCUCCAGAAGCUGGGCAAAGCUGAUGAGACAAAAGAUGAACAAUUUGAAGAAUAUGUCCAGAACUUCAAACGGCAAGAAGCAGAGGGUACCAGGCUUCAGCGAGAACUCCGAGGAUAUUUAGCAGCCAUUAAAGGCAUGCAAGAGGCCUCCAUGAAGCUCACUGAGUCACUGCAUGAGGUCUAUGAGCCAGACUGGUAUGGACGGGAAGACGUGAAGAUGGUUGGCGAGAAAUGUGAUGUACUGUGGGAAGACUUCCAUCAAAAACUCGUGGAUGGAUCCUUGCUGACACUGGAUACCUACCUGGGCCAAUUCCCAGACAUAAAGAAUCGCAUCGCCAAGCGCAGCCGGAAGCUUGUGGACUACGACAGUGCCCGCCAUCACCUGGAAGCUCUGCAGAGCUCCAAACGGAAGGAUGACAGUAGAAUCUCAAAGGCGGAAGAGGAAUUCCAGAAAGCCCAGAAAGUGUUUGAAGAGUUUAAUGUUGAUCUACAGGAGGAGUUACCAUCCUUAUGGUCCAGACGAAUUGGAUUUUACGUUAACACUUUCAAAAAUGUCUCCAGCCUUGAGGCCAAGUUUCAUAAGGAAAUUGCUGUGCUUUGCCACAAACUAUAUGAAGUGAUGACAAAACUGGGCGAGCAGCAUGCUGACAAGGCCUUCACCAUUCAAGGAGCUCCCAGUGAUUCGGGUCCUUUGCGCAUUGCAAAGACACCAUCACCACCAGAGGAGCCUUCACCCCUGCCAAGCCCGACAGCUAGUCCAAAUCACACGCUAGCACCUGCGUCUCCUGCACCUGCACGGCCCAGAUCACCUUCACAGACAAGGAAAGGACCUCCUGUUCCACCUCUGCCAAAAGUCACCCCCACAAAGGAGCUACAGCCUGAGAACAUCAUCAAUUUCUUUGAGGACAAUUUUGUUCCAGAAAUUAGUGUGAUGACCCCAUCCCAGAAUGAAGUCCCUGAGGUGAAGAAAGAAGAGACAUUGCUGGACUUGGACUUCGACCCUUUCAAGCCUGAGGUCACACCUGCAGGCUCUGCAGGUGUAACCCACUCACCCAUGUCUCAGACAUUGCCUUGGGACCUAUGGACGACAAGCACUGAUUUGGCACAGCCGACUGAUUCUUCAAAAAGUCUUUCAUUGUGUAACCUGAUCAUGGAGGAAACUCCAGAGAGUGGGUUGGCCGAAGAAAUUCAAAAAUCUCAAAUUGAUAUAGGUGCUUGUCCUUGGGGCCCUGAAGCUAGUACAGACAGUGUCAGCCAGGAAGUUUCUCCAGGUACAUCUCAAGAUGACUCUGCAGGUCUCUCUGGAGCAGAGCAAGACAUGAAAUUAUCCACUGCCAUGCUCUCUUCUGCCGAUUGGCCCACAGUUGCUGAACAGGGUGAGCGUGACCUGGGGCCAGCCCCUCCAGAUGGAAACAGACAACUGUCCCCAGACCUUGUAUCCACAACUGGAGUUGCCAUGGCUGCUGGUAUGGAGAUAGAGCAGCCACAUGACCUACUUGAUACAGAGGUUCCAGUCAUGGAUACAGCUGGCCUCUUCAAAGAAAAUCAUGAAGAUGUUCACAAGUCAGAUGACGAACAAGAAAAGAAACAGAAGUUUGAAGAUUCUGUGUGGGCAGGUGUGGAGACGUGUCAAAAGGCUUCUGGUGGUUCCUUUAAUGGAUUUGCACAGCCCCAGGACACUUCAUUAUUCACAAUGCAAACAGACCAGAGUAUGAUCUGCAACUUGGCUGAAUCUGAGCAGGCUCCAGCCACGGAGCCAAAGGCAGAGGAGCCCACUGCUGCUGCGUCUGCUGCUGGACUGGACCUGGGACUGGACACUCGGGCUGAGGAGCCAGUGGAGGAGGCAGUGGUGCUCCCUGGAGCCGAUGCUGAGGUGGCUGUGCCCGCCACUGAGGGGGUCCCAGGGGAAGAAGCAGAGGCAGAGAAGGAAGCUGUGCCUGCUGGGGAAGGAGUAGGUGUGGAUGAGGCCAAGAUGGGUGCCGGGCCCACCGAGGUUGUAGAAAGUGAGAGAGCUCAGCCAGAAGAGGCGGGAACAGCAGUGCCUCAGGAGAAGGUCAUUCCUUCUGUCGUCAUCGAGCCUGCCUCCAACCAUGAAGGGGAGGGGGAACAGGAGGUGACCAUCAGCGCUGAGUCGGAGGGAGCCACAGAGGACCUGAGUGCCGUGGGCCCUGCUGGCGAGACAUCAGAGCUGGCUGCAGAGCAGAAACCCCUUGAGGAUGCCCAGGCGACGGCCACUGCACCUGCAGGAGCCACAGACCAACCAGCACCUGCAGGGGCUGCCACACAGGACUUGCCUCCUGGCUUUCUCUACAAGGUGGAAACCCUGCAUGAUUUUGAGGCAGCAAAUUCUGAUGAACUCACUUUGCAACGGGGUGACGUGGUGCUGGUGAUCCCCUCGGAUUCAGAAGCCGACCAGGAUGCGGGCUGGCUGGUGGGAGUGAAAGAAGCGGACUGGCUUCAGUACAGAGACCUUGCCACCUACAAAGGCCUCUUCCCCGAGAACUUCACCCGACGCCUCGAUUAGAGCCACGUGCGUUUGCAGAGAGAGCUUCG